CUGGAUCGAGGAAGAGAAAUGUCCGGCGUGGAUGGAGGAUCCGAUGACUGGCCCACGUGACGGGUCUAUGCUCGUUCGGGAAUGAUGUCAUGUGUCUCCUGUCCCUCUCCCGUUGUGUACUGCAUCGCGUUGUCUUUCUCUUCCUAUUCUGUUCAUUGAAGUCUGAAAUCCAUCCAUCGUGUCUGGAACUCCAGUUCUUUGCGGAGUGGACACCGCAAGUCUUGAACUGAUAGAUUUGAUCGACACCUCCACCCGAAGCAACAAUGUCUUUGGAUCCCACGGCUGCGCCCUUUGACGGUGGGGUCGCCAAUUGCGGGGCGUCUGCCAGCGGCUGGCUGCUACUAUUUGAUCUUCAUCAUUGAAGAGCUAUCCCCGUAGGGAAUGGUCAUUAUUCCGUACCGUUUACACCGUUUCCUCGCUGACUACGUUUGCGUGCUUCAAGCUUGCAACUGAUGCUCCGACAGCAGCAGCAAGGAUAUGCGGUAUAACGCUGAUAUGGAUCAUCAUGAGUCACCGACCAAUGCGCUGUGGAUCCCGCUUCUUUGUAGGGACCAAACAACUUUAUUAUUGUAUCCUCUGGAAGGCAAAUUUCUGUCGAUUGUCUCCGAAGUCCGAGCCAAACUAACCCAAGCUAAACACUAAAAGUCAAGUUCCGCCCCCGCUUCGCGCCUUGCAGUCUGCUUACUUUUUUUUUCUUUUCCUUUCCGGCUGCUCUUCUCUCCGUCUUUCCGUCUCGCUCGUUUGCUCUGCAUCUCUUGCGAGUCAAGUACUCCAAGGUUUCUCAUUCUCUUGUAUUUCGUCUAAACAAAGAGACAUGCGGAGGUUUAGUGGCGGACUAAACCGUGACUAAAUUCAAUUAGAUUCUCAGUUGAUUGCUUCAUUGACUCACUUCAUUCUACUCAUUCAUAACCGUCAUGGCCGGGGCCAAGAAUGCGCGUUCGCUCAGCGCAACAGAGCAGCAGGCCCUACAGGGACAAUUCCGGUCCAGCUCCCCUCUCGCAGAGACGGCAAUUGCUCGGGACUUGGAGAAUUAUGCGGACGACGAAAGCUCCGCGCUAACUACCGACGACGAUGCCUCCGAAACCUCUACCAUCCGCGCGAUGAACAGCCACACCGGCACGAACCCCCAUUCCCUAGCUGGUUCGUACCAGCGGCCGAGCUUCUUCACCACCGUAUCCCAUGCGACGGUUGUGCCUCACCGCGCGGAGCAUGAAGGCUUGACGCGGAGGGAGCGCGAGCAGGCCAUUGAGGACGAGCGGGACCUUCUCAGCGAUAACAAUUUCGUGGGAUCUGCUGGUCCGAGGAAGGAACGGCGAAGCCAGGAUUCUGGAGUGAGGCCGGUGGAAACGACGUCUUUAUUGGGUUCUCGACGGGGCAGUUCGCAUCCGAAUGUUGAGGAUGCUGAUGAGAUCGAUCGCAAGUGGGAGGAGGCGGUUAUGGCCGGGUUGAUUCAUACAACGUGGAAACGGGAAGCGCAGGUCAUUGGGAAGAAUGCCGCGCCAUUGGUGGUUACCUUUCUCUUGCAGUACUCUUUGACGGUGGCGAGUAUCUUCACGCUGGGUCAUCUGGGCAAGAAAGAACUGGGCGCGGUCAGCCUGGCCAGUAUGACGGCGAACAUCACCGGGUAUGCGGUCUACCAGGGCCUCGCGACUAGUUUGGAUACGCUGUGCGCCCAGGCCUACGGUUCUGGACGGAAGAAGCUGGUAGGUCUGCAGAUGCAGAAGAUGGUCUUUUUCCUCUGGGUCAUAUCUGUGCCGAUCGUCGUUUUGUGGUUCUUUGGAGACCGGGUCCUUCUUCGGAUUGUGCCGGAAACAGAAGUUGCACAGCUGGCCGGCCUCUAUUUGAAGGUGGUUGCACUGGGCGCUCCGGGAUAUGCCUGCUUUGAGAGCGGGAAACGUUACGUGCAAGCGCAGGGCCUGUUCUCUGCGUCCCUUUACGUUUUGCUUAUCUGCGCGCCUCUUAAUGCGCUCAUGAACUGGGUGUUCGUUUGGAAAUUCGACUGGGGGUUUGUUGGUGCUCCCAUUGCAGUAGCCAUCACAGACAAUCUCAUGCCUCUUUUCUUGUUUCUUUACGUAUAUUUUGUCGCCGGUGGCGAAUGCUGGAAUGGGUUUACUUACAGAGCCUUUCGCAACUGGGGCCCGAUGGUCCGACUUGCUCUGCCUGGUUUGAUCAUGGUCGAGGCGGAAUGUCUUGCCUUUGAAAUCCUGACGCUGGCGUCGUCGUACCUUGGCACAACUCCCCUGGCAGCGCAGUCGAUUCUGUCUACGAUCUCUAGCAUUACCUUCCAGAUUCCUUUCCCUCUCUCGAUCUCCGGUAGCACACGGGUCGCGAAUCUGAUCGGAGCGACUCUGGUCGACGCCGCUAAAACGUCCGCCAAAGUGACCAUGGUCGGUGCCGUGAUCGUCGGUCUACUCAACAUGCUCUUCCUUUCUUCCCUGCGCGACUACAUCCCUCGGCUUUUCACGUCCGACGACGAAGUUGUCGAGCUCGUCGCACAGGUCCUUCCUCUUUGUGCCGCAUUCCAACUUUUCGACGCUCUAGCCGCCAACUGCAACGGUAUCCUCCGUGGAAUUGGCCGGCAGGAAAUCGGUGGCUACGUCCAGCUCUUCUGCUACUAUGCCAUCGCCAUGCCAAUCAGCUUCGGCACCACUUUCGCUCUCGGCUGGGGCCUGUUCGGUCUGUGGUCUGGCGUUGCUCUUGCUCUUCUCCUGGUGUCGAUAAUCGAGGCGAUCUUCCUCCGUCAGACGAACUGGAACCGGUCAGUCGAGGACGCAUUGGAACGAAAUGCCGCGACCUAGACUCCCCUCUCUUUCUUGAAUUUACAUGCACACAUAUAUAUGAUGAUCAACGUGUAAAAUCUCCCUGGUUGGCUUUUGUGGUUUCAUUGCAUGUUCGUUCGAAGAGAUUGUACAAAAGUUCCCUAUGAGGAUUCCCCUUACGUGGUCAUGAUUAUGUAUAACGUUCUGUUUAUGUGGACUAAAAGUCGUUUCCCUGAUUAUAACCACAUGAUUUGAUACUCGCGUCUGGUUAAAAUGAACAUAUCGUUAUCCUUUUUGUUUUUCCAUACCAUGGUCAUUCUGUAGAAGAAUACAUAGCUUCAAACUCGGAAAAUUAUAGACAUACAAACCCCAUGG